GGGCAUCGAGGACGGAAGUGGAGGUCAGACUCAGAAUCGAAAACAGCAACAUGUCCGUAGCUGGCCUCACGUCCUUGAGCCGCUGUGGUGUUUUGGCGUUCCGCUCCUCUGCUGGGUUCGUGGCAGUGCGUUCUGCGCAGACAGCAGCUGCUCCAGCAGUACAGCCUCGGAUUAAGAAGUUCCAGGUGUACAGAUGGGACCCAGACACCCCGGGGGACAAGCCUCGCAUGCAGAUCUUCGAAAUCGACCUGAACACAUGUGGCCCAAUGGUACUUGAUGCUCUAAUCAAGAUAAAAAAUGAAAUGGACCCCACAUUGACCUUCCGCCGCUCCUGCAGAGAAGGUAUCUGUGGAUCAUGCGCAAUGAACAUUAAUGGUGGAAACACACUGGCCUGCCUCAACAAGAUUGACAUCAACCUCAGCAAGCCAACCAAGAUUUACCCUCUUCCACAUAUGUAUGUCGUCAAGGACCUGGUGCCUGACAUGAGUAACUUCUACGCUCAGUACAAGUCCAUUGAGCCCUACCUGAAGAAGAAGGAUGAGUCCCAGGAAGGGAAAGAGCAGUACAUGCAGUCUGUGGAGGACAGACAGAAACUGGAUGGGCUGUAUGAGUGCAUCCUAUGUGCAUGCUGUAGCACCAGCUGCCCAAGCUACUGGUGGAACGGAGACAAAUACCUCGGGCCUGCCGUGCUCAUGCAGGCGUACCGUUGGAUGAUCGACUCGAGAGAUGACUUUACGGAGGAGCGUCUGUCCAAGCUGCAGGAUCCGUUUUCUCUGUACCGCUGCCACACCAUCAUGAAUUGCACCAAAACAUGCCCCAAGGGCCUGAACCCGGGGAAAGCCAUAGCAGAGAUCAAGAAGAUGAUGGCCACAUAUAAGGAGAAGAAAGCAGCAGCUGUUUGAACACUCUGGUGACCUCUGUAUCAUACUUCCUUAAAUAGAAUUGAUUUUAAAACAUGCAUUUUGAUGACUGAUGGCCUUGUACACUUCUCAUAAAUACAUUUAACUGUGUACAGUAUAUGUAUUAAGCACACAUGUACAAAAUGAAAGGCUCUUAGAUAUACCAUAAGAGUUGUUGCUCACAUUGAACUCCAGAGUCCAAGUCCAUUUGGGAGACACAAUAUUGCUUUUUUUCCUGCCAUAAUGUUUAUUUGCAGCUGGUCUCGGCAGAGAGUGUAAAUGUUCUUUCAGAUCUGAUAGCACUCCCCUUUCCUGAGAAUAAAUAAUUGAAAUUGCAUACAGGUGUUGUGUUGU